AUGGAUACAUCUUUCCAUCUCUACCUCCUUAUUACAUUACUCUUAUUUCUUCAAUGCCUUGUUGAUUAUAGCUCAGCCAACUCCAAUAUCAACACUGAUCGUUCUUCACUUAUUGCCUUGAAAUCUCGAAUAUCUUUAGAUCCCCAGGAUAUAUUGACCAAAAGUUGGAACAAUGAGAGCAGUAUUUGUAGUUGGAUCGGAGUUACUUGUGAUUCUCGCCAUCAAAGGGUGACUCAGUUGAAUUUGACAUCCAUGGAUCUUGUAGGAACAAUUCCACCCGAAAUCGGAAACCUUUCUUUUCUUGUUUCUUUAGAUUUGAGUGGGAACUCUUUUUAUGGUCCAAUUCCUCCAUCUAUUUUCAACAUGUCAUUUUUAGAAUAUUUACAAUUGAGAUAUAAUAGUUUGUCUGGUAGUCUACCUCUUGAUAUGUGCACCCACAUACAUAGACUCAAGUUUCUUCAUAUAUCUUAUAACGAGUUGUAUGGAGAAAUACCAUCGAGUUUGGAGCACUGUUCACAACUUGAGUUUUUUUCUCUGUACAACAACAGUAUUAGUGGAUUUUUGCCUAAAGAAAUCGGAAACUUGAGGAAACUUCAGUUUUUUAUCGUUGGUGUAAAUAAGUUGACUGGUUAUAUUCCAAAAGAAAUUGGGAACAUGGCAAUGAUUGAAUGGUUGGGACUUAGUAACAACAAUUUAAGUGCAAAAUCAAGGCGGAUGUCAUCUCCUCACGCCUAUGGGCAGCCUGAUGAAGGAAAAAAAACAAGGAUAUGGGCACCAUUGAAAGUGAAGACGCUCAGCAAUAUCUUACAUGUUCAUACAAAGAACAGACUCAAAACAACAACGCACCAGACAAUCAGUUUACCCAAAUGCUGUGUAUAAUCACUAAACAAUGUGCUACUGCCAAUUAAUGUUCAUAUUACCAGAAAGAAAUAUCAGCACAUAAAUCUCCCAAUCUAUGACAGAUAAUAAGCUUGGAUGA